AUGUUUUUAAUUAAUCUUUUUUUUUUUUUUUUUUUUCUCUCUCCCCCUCUCUUUCUUUUCUAUAUUCCUGGGUCUUUUUCAUUUACCAUGCACACAUCUCUCUCUCUCUCUCUCUCUCUCUCUCUCUCUCUCUAUCGUUUCUUGUACUUCCUCUCGUCUUUUUUUCUGUUUUCUUUUCCUCUACAUCCGGUGGGCCCGUUCCGACCGGACGUUCCCAGUUUCCCUAAAGCAAUCGCUUGCAAAUUGUCUAAUGUGACCUUCCACCACCGCAUUUCCCAACAGAUAACUACACUGAUUUUAGCAGAUCGAUAUGUUGAUUGCGAUCUAAAAUUGUCACUCUCUCUCUCUCUCUCUCUCUCUCUCUCUCUCUCUCUUUUUCCUACUUUCUCCAUCUCUUAUAUACAAGAACACACAUUUGAUCUAUCUAUCUAUCUAUCUAUCUAUCUAUCUAUCUAUAGAUAUUCAGCUUUCAGAAUAUCUAUCCAAAUAUCUGCAUCUAAUAAUCCUAUUCUUCCUCAUCCUAUCUAUCUAUCUAUCUAUCUAUCUAUCUAUCUAUCUAUCUAUCUACUAAUAUAUCUAUCUGCCUGUAUAUGUUUAUUAUGUCUGUCUAUCUAUCUAUCUAUCUAUCUAUCUACUAAUAUAUCUAUCUGUCUGUAUAUAUUUAUUAUGUCUGUCUAUCUAUCUAUCUAUCUAUCUAUCUACUAA